AGAAUGACCAUGUUGAAGAUGUUGGCAAUGUCACUAUUGACUUGCACACUGGUGCUGACUCAAGUCAAAACUAUAGUGCAGCAACCACCCCUGAUGUAAAUCUUGAAAACUUUUCUGAAACAAUGGAUCCAAAUACAACAACUGGAACAGCAGAGCGACACAUAUCGAUUCAAAGAUCUUUGACAGACCUGAAGAAUCUUAUCGGUGUUGAAGGAGCUGGUAAGAAGUCAUGUCCUUUGUGUCCAGAAGAAAAGUUUAAACCCAACUAUAGUCACAAGCUGCGAAGGCAUUUGCAACAUCUGCAUUGGAAAGUAUCUAUAGAAUUUGAAGGUUAUAGAAUGUGCAUCUGUCAUUUGUCCUGCCGACGCAUGAAAACUGACCUCAAUGGAGAACAGGUCCCGGUAAGAAUUGGAGCACAUUACCACUGCAUUGUCUGUUCAGCUACCAUUGCUCGCAGAACAGACAUGAUCAGCCACAUAACACGACAUUUGAACAAAGGAGACACAGAAGCCAGCUUCAAUGGAGCCACUAGUGGGCAAGUACAAUCCACUGAAGUGCUGAAGGAAGUCGAUACUGAUGUUCAUGUUUUUCCAAACCACCUGACUCCUCAAAAAACAGACUCUUUCUUUAACCCUAAAAUGAAACCUAACAGGCAAUUAAUUUUCUGUACACUUGCUGUCUUGGCUCAAGAGCGCAAACCACUUGAAUGUUUAGAUGCUUUUGGAGCUACAGGAAUCAUGGGGUUGCAGUGGGCCAAGCACCUUGGCGAUGCAGUGAAGGUCACCAUAAAUGACAUAAACGAGGGCUCUGUGAAGAUUAUUCGAGAAAAUUGUCAUCUAAACCGGAUGAAGGUGCUAUCAAGUAAAAAAGAUGAAGAGGAGGAUGAAGAGAAUAUUGAGGAAGCAGAGAAUACUUUAGGAACUAUUGAAGUCACACAAAUGGAUGCCAAUGUACUCAUGCAUUUGAGAGCUUUUGAUUUCAUACAUUUGGACCCAUUUGGAACAGCAAUAAAUUAUUUUGAUGCUGCCUUCAGAAAUGUGAGGAACCUUGGGAUCGUUUCUGUGACAUCCACAGACAUCAGCACUUUGUACUGCAAAGCCUUAAAUGUCACCAUGCGCCACUAUGGUUGUAACAUUGUCCGGACUGAGUACUACAAGGAAGUGGCAGCCAGAAUGGUCAUUGCUUCUGUGGCAAGGGCUGCUGCUCGCUGUAACAAGGGUAUUGAGGUUCUGUUCAGUGUAGCACUGGAACACUUUGUUCUGGUCGUGGUACGCGUACUUCGAGGGCCAACCCAGGCAGAUGAAAGCCUGAAGAAAAUUCGUCGGUUGAUCCAUUGUCAGUGGUGUGAAGAGCGGGUUUUCUACAAGAAGUGCCACAUGCUAGAAGAGAAUGUAUACAGUCAGCUGCCCUGUGACUGUCAUGGAAGUAUGCCAGGAAAGACCGCGGUGGAACUUGGACCAUUGUGGGCAGGCUCGUUGUUUAACACAGGCUUCUUGCGAAGAAUGUUGUUUGAAGCAGUGCAGCAUGGAAUUGAAGAUAUCCAGCCUCUGCUGAAAAACUUGGUUUGUGAAUCUGAAUGCACAACCCUGAAGCACCAUUCAAUAUUUGGACCAAUGAGCUACAGCAAUCAAGAGGAAAGUGGAGUUGUUAUCAAAACAUCAGCCUCUCAUAAACCUGGAGUUGAAGAUACAACCACUCCAACUUGUUCUGGGCUUGAUAAGCGGAAGGGUAGUGAUGUGUCUGGGAAUGCAGCAAAACGUCAGAAAGGAGAUAUCCCUGUAGAGCAUCCUCCCUUCUACUACAGCAUCCAUCGGCACAGUAUUCGAGGAAUGAACAUUCCAAAGAUAAACAAAUUUCUACCCUAUCUUACACAAGCUGGAUUUCGUGUUGGGCGUACCCAUUUUGAUCCAACAGGAAUCCGUACAGAUGCCACACUUGCACAAUUGAAAGCCAUACUCAUGAAGUACAGUCUGCCAACGCAUACUGACAGUCAACCUGGAAUUCACAGUCAUGCUUCAGCAGAACCUAUUUCAGAACCUGUGCAAUAUUCAAUUCCAGAGGCACUUGAAGUUGAUCAGCCUGCUGAAGAAGUCAAACCUGAGUCAGGAUAAAUCAAGUUUGAUCCUGCAUGAUCUAAAUUAACCAUUGUACCCCUCCAUUGAGGUCAGAUUUGCAGCUCAUCACUUGAUUGUUGCAUCGUUGAAGAGCCAACACUGAUGGUUCACAAAUCAAUGUGCAUUAUAUGUAAAAUUGAUUUUAAGAUUGAUUUUAAUCUUUGUAUAGAAGAAUAUGAUAUAUUAUUCAUCAGUUGUGCACAGAUAUUAGAUUUAUCUUGAUGCUGUUGAGUCCUAAAUAUUAAAGAGAAUGUUUUCACUUCAUUUACUUGACUUCAUUAAUUCUCAAAGUACAGCAAUUAAGAAUUUGCUUGUCAGGUAUGUAAUACUUUUUGAGAUAACAAGGUGUAGAGCUGGAUGAACACAGCAGGCCAAGCAGUAUCAGAGGAGCAGGAAUGCUAACGUUUCGGGCCUAGACCUUUCUUCAGAAAUUUCUGAAGAAGGGACUAGGCCUGAAAUGUUAGCCUUCCUGCUCCUGAAAAUGCUGCUUGGCCUGCUGUGUUCAUCCAGCUCUACACCUUGUUAUCUCAGAUUCUCCAGCAUCUGCAGUUCCUACUAUCUAUGUAAUACUUUUUUCUAAUUUUUAUGAGGAAGCAAUAAUUAGAAAAGACGCACACCUACACAAAAGAAAGUUCCAAUUGGAACGUCGCUCUGUAUUAUGUGUUAGUGCCGACUCCACCAUAGAGGAGUUGUUUUCUGUUCAGAACUUGCAACUAGUGUGUUGAAAGUAAAAGGAAGCCAGCUGAAACUGUAACUUGAAGAUAAAUUGUUUUUUUUUCCUUUUGUAUUUACAAGUUUGCUGAAAAACAGGAUUUUUUGGUUCAGCAUCUAUCUUAGAAACUUUCACAUUGAGAGUUCUGUUCAAAUUGUAACUGCUGGAGUAACAUUUUUGUACAUUGUGUUGAGUAUCGUUCUUGCACCCAUUGCAAAUGUUCUUUCAUUAUGAUAGCCACAAACUGAGUGAGAUGCUAAAUACCUUGUUGCAGUCCUCACUGGGCUGCUUAUUGUAAAUUUUGAUAAACUGAACCAACGAAUCAUUAGCAUCUAUAGUCUUUUACUGCUGAGAAUUCAUGUUUCUGUACAUUGUUACAUAUUUCACUCAAGCGAAUUAAAUAGCAUUGUUUACAAAAGCA